UAUUCAGGAUUAAAAAUAAUCAUUUUAACUUUUCAGAACUAGAGAAUGUCUGUGGAAGGAGUGAGGUACGCGCACAGUGAGGGUCGGGUGAGCCUUGUGCACGGUAGGGACGGGAAGAAGGUUUAUACUCUGGGUAUGGACGGAGAGAUCAGGGUGUGGGCGGGGAUAGAUGAUGAUGAUGUGGAGAAUAUAUUUGUCGGAGAAGAAGGAUUCGCGGUUGCAGUUUCAAAUGACAGAAUGUUUGUAGCGACCAGUGAAACCAAUUCAGUUCAAGCUCUGAACCUAGAUGGAGACAACGAGGGAACCUUGACAAGGUUUACCGCAGACGUGACCUGUCUUGACACCCUGGAGUCAGGAGAAGUUCUUGUCUCCGGUAGUGCCGAUAUGACCAUCAAAGUGACCGACACCAAGAGUUUCUCUGACAAGGUGUUGACUGGACACAGCGGACCUAUCCUCUCCGUGUCCCUGGAUCCUCGGAAGAAGUUUGUGGCCUCUUCUAGUUGUGAUGGAACUGUGAGAGUGUGGGAUGUCGGAACUAAAGAACAGUUGAAAAGUUUUGAUUGCGUUCCUAAAUCCAACGAUGUGAGUAACAGCAAAACUAUCUGUGGAAUCAGGUUCAGUAGCUCCGGAGCUUUUUUAGCUGUACCUAAAACUGAUUCUAUCUCCGUCCUUCAGAGAGACUCCUGGAUUGAAGCUAAGUCCUUGAAAUGUGAGAAACUAGAAGAGAAAGAGAUUCUAACCUGUGUAGCUUGGAGAAAAGACGAAUCCAUGAUAGUGGCGGGUACUAGCAAGGGAAAUCUUUGUGUUUGGAGCCUGGACGGAACCCUUAAACAUUUCUUGGAUACAGAGAGAAAGUACUCAAUAUCCGCUAUCUCCUGGAAUCCAAAGAACCUAGAGGAGGUUGGGUUUGCGGACUCGUUAGGAUUCUGGGGUCUUGCUGGGAACAUAGGUUCUGAAACUACAGGAGAAGAGAAGAAGAAUGAAGAUGUCCUAUCUCAGGAAGAAUUGGUAGAUCUGUUUAAUGAUGAUGAUGAUGACGAGAACAGUUUUAGUAUUAGUAAGAUUCAAGCGGAAACAGGGUUUGCUAAAGAUGAAGAAGGACAUCUCAUACAUGGAGCAAGAGCUGAUAUUCCGUCUAGUCGUCCCACUUCAGCAGCAAGCAGUUUUAGUGAGGUUUCCCGUCCUGCUCCACGUGUGGAGCAGGUUAAGCUUCAGUCCGCUUUUCAACCCGGAGCCAGUCCGGACCAUUUUACGUUCCGGUUCCUGGUUUACAACAGGGUUGGGAUUGUUAAAACAAUUCAGGAUAAUUGUAUUGAUGUUGACUUCCACAACUCUGACACCCACUACAACCUGUUCUUCAGGAACCCUGAUAACUUUACUCUAGCUGCACUAACAGAUAAGGUUUUGGUUCUAGGUCGGGAGGGAGAUGAGGAGACCACAGGGAAAAUAAGCGUUAACAACUUCAAGAGCCAUGAUCAAAACAAGGACUGGGUUCUUGAUCUACCCGAGGGAGAAUAUGUUGACGGUGUUGCUGCCGGAGAAGGUUGGGUUGCGGUGACAACCUCUAAGAACUUCGUGAGAUUAUUCACUGCUUGGGGAAUUCAGAGAGAGAUUAUAUCUGUGUCUGGACCCCUAGUAUCUAUGGUUGGGUCCGGAGAUCAACUAUUUAUAGUUGCACAUUCUGCUCAUCCCCUGCCUAAACAACAAAACUUUGCCUUCUAUACUAUAAGCAUAAACUUUAAGAAAGGUCUGAGUAAACUACAAGGUCCUAUAUCUCUACCUAUAACUCCGGAUACAGAACUCUACUGGAUAGGUCUAAGUGACACCAAGCUCCCACUAACUAUGGAUACUGCAGGGGUUAUAAGAAUGCAUCUGAACUCCUCCUGGUAUCCAAUCUGUGAUACAAAAUCCGAGAUGAAAGGCAAGAUGGACACCUUCUAUAUUACUGGGGUGGAUCAAUUGGACAACGAGAUUUACGGUGUCAAGUGUCGUGGAAGCAGAUAUCCUCAAACCUUACCUAAACCUACUCCCAGUAUUCUACCAUUGCAGGUCCCCUUCUGUAUAACAGGGGAGCGAGGAGGUCUAGAACAGAGACUGCUCUACUCUACCAUGCUAGCUCCGGUAAUCAAGGAUGAAGAACAGGAUGUUAAAAACAGACGAACAGAGAUGGAAUGCCUGAUGAAGAUCUUUGCUCUAGCUUGCAGAUCUGAACAGGAAAGCCGAGCAAUAGAAGUUUGUAAACUAAUGCCUGAUGUGGAGUCUAUCCAAAUGGCGAUCCAAUAUGCUGCUAAAAUCAAGAGGGUUGGGUUAGCUAGUAAACUUGGGGAGUUAGCUAUGCAGAUACAAGAUACAGAAGCAGUGGAAGAGGAAGAUGAGGAAGAAGAGGAAGAGAAGAACGACGACGAUAGUCAGGAUAUGUUUGGAGAGAGUCAAGAUAACCUGGACAAUCCUUUACUUGGAGUUAGACCUAGAACAGUUUCGUCCCUCAACACAAUUAGUAACUCGAGGAGUGAAUCUAGGAAUCCGUUUGCGAAGAAGAACGUUGAGAAGAAUUCAGGAUCUCUGGAGAACAGUCCUGGUUCAGGAAUUUCAUUUGAUUCAAGCGCAGUUGUUCAGAAACCUUUACUUUCUAGAAAACCAUUGCUUAUCCCAAAUAAAAAGAAAAUGUUGGUGUCAAGUAAGCAGAAGGAGAACAAGGUUGAGGGUGGAGAGUUGAAAGGGUUCUCCCUCUACCACGUGGAGAACAGAGAGGAGUUCCCAGGCACCCAGGAGGAAUCCCAGCAGUCCGCCCUGGAGAAAUGGAAAUCUCUGGACAAAUCUGAAAAAGAAAAAUAUAAAUCUCCCAGGAUCCCUGUUUCAUCUGGAAAACGUAAAAGAUCCGCCGAAGCCCCGACAGAAGAAAAGAAACCUAAAUCAGGGUUCUCGUCAAAGCUGUCAGGGUUCGCGUUCGGAGGAAACUGAUUGGACAAGAUUUCUUCAUUAACAGUGAAAAUAUUACGCUUACUGGGAUUUAUAUAUGUCUGAAUAUAUGAUGUAUGAUUAAAUUAUGACAUAUCUU